UCUCCUGCUCUCUGUGGUUUUGACUCUCCCAUCUCAUCUACCUCUGCUUACAAAAAGUUUACCAUAAAAAUCCGAGCUUUACAGCCAUCACAAGAAAGCUAACAGAUUUAAUAUGGAAGUUCAUUCAAUGGAUGUUCUUACCUCUGUCAUGCAGCUACCUGAUGAUUGCCUCUGUAUUAUUUUCAAAUGGCUUGACUGUAGUUCUGAUCAAGAAUCAUUUGGAUUGACUUGCCGACACUGGUAUAAUAUUCAAAAUAUAAGUCGUCGUUCCUUGCAAUUCCAUUGCUCAUUCAACCUGCUUAACCUUUCUUCUUUAUCUAAUACUAGCCUUCGUAUUGGCUCCUACCAUGUCCAUAGGCUGCUCAUUCGUUUUCAGCAUUUAAACAGUUUGUCACUAUCUGGUUGCACGGAGCUUCCUGAUUCAGGCCUAACCCCAUUGCAAUUUUAUGGUUCGAACUUGCACUCGCUUCAUCUGGAUUGCUGUUGUGGAAUCACAGAUAAUGGACUUUCCCUGAUUGCUACUGGUUGCCCCUCUCUAACAGUCAUUAGUCUUUAUCGAUGCAAUAUCACUGACAUUGGCUUAGAAACUCUAGCUAAUGGUUGCUCGGAUUUGAAGCGAAUAAAUCUAGCAUACUGCACACUCAUUUCUGACCAUGGACUGAGAGCUCUUUGUCAAGCGUGCCAUCAGCUUCAGGCAGUUAAAAUAUCUGGUUGCAAAGAAAUAAAUGGUAUUGGACUUACAGGGUGUUCACCAACUUUAGCUUACAUAGAUGCAGAGUCUUGUAACCUUGAACCAAAAGGGAUAGCAGGAAUUGUUAGUGGAGGCGGGCUCGAGUAUUUAAAUGUGUCUGGUAUAAGCUGUUGUAUUCAUGAGGAUGCUUUAGCAGCAAUAGGUUCAGGUUUUGCCACAAGGCUUAAAAUCCUUAAUCUUCGGAUGUGCAGAGCAAUUGAUGAUGAAUCCAUUGUUGCAAUAGCAAAAGGGUGCCCACUGCUUCAAGAAUGGAAUUUGGCAUUGUGUCAUGCUGUCAGGAUUUCAGGAUGGAAGUCUAUUGGGCUCAAUUGCAACAAAUUGAAGGAACUCCAUGUGAAUCGCUGUCGAAAUUUGUGUGAUCGUGGUCUGCAGGCUUUAAGAGAAGGAUGUAAAAGGCUCUCAGUUCUAUAUAUCAGUAAGAAUUGUCGAUUAUCUUCCGCUGCAAUAGAGUUGUUCAAAUUAUAUAGAUAUAAUGUUGAAAUCAGAGAAGAAGAGAUAAUGUGUAUAGGACCUGACUGGAAAUAAGAUGAUGAUGGGUGAUACUAGGGAGUGGCCACCAUCCGGUUUCGGUUCAUGACCCCACUGAGCCAUAAUGGACUGGCCAGAGCCAGUCUGGCUCUGAUACCUAGACCCUGGGUGCCAUCCCUUUUGAAAUGCCUAUAGAUUCCAUAAUUGUUUCAAACUUCCGAAUUACCUCUCCAAUUGAGAUGCUAGAAUUUCCCUGUAGAAUACAGAAUUUUUUUUUGUAUCUCUACUAGUUUGCUUGCACUGAUGAAUACUUAACUUUUGGACAGAAAUGAGAGAGUACUAUAUUCUUAACACCAGCAAUUGUAUUAUGGUAUGAAUUUUUAACAUAUUUCAAUAUGGAAAUCUGAGAAACAAUUGAAAUAUAUGAUUCUAGUUAAAUGCAGACUUUCCCUUUUCUUUUC